AUGCAAAUUACUAGUAGUCAAAAUUUGACUGAAAAAUUAAAAAAAGAACUUCAAAAAAUGAGAAAAGAUAGAUUGAAUUUUCUAUUUAAUUACAAUGCAGAAUUUAACAGAAUUCAACAAAGGAUUCAAGAUAAAACUGAUAUAGAAAGAUUAAAAGAUUUUUGGUUAAAAGAAAUUGCUAAAUCUAAAUUAAAAACUGCUAAUAAAAAAAAACUUAAUGAUCUUAGACAAGAAUGUAUCAAAGAAUUAGAACAAUCACAGUCUGGAACAAAUGAUUUCAAUUAUAUCAUGAAUGAAAUACAAGAUGAAAAUUGUAUCCUACUAUUGAAAACUAAAUCAAACACUAAUGAAAGACAAGUUGCUUCUCUAUCAAAUAAUAAUACUCUUGCAAAUAAUAUUAAUAAACUAAAUCAAACACUAAUGAAUAAUGAUCAAAAUAAAAUGAUUUAG